AGCAUGAAAAUUAAUGUUCCCAAAAUUUAACACAGAAUAACACUAUUCGCCGAAAAAAGCAGAAUAAUGUCUCUCUAAACCCUCGUAGAGCGUCUCCCAAACGCCCGUUUCCUCCGCUCUCACACUCAAGUUUUUCAAACCCACUCUCGCACUCUCCUAUCACGCUCAAAGUUUUUCAAACCCUCUGUCUCUAACCCUCGGUUUCUGGUGAAAUGGCGAGCUUCCUGCUGGGUUGAUAAAUAGAGCAAUGGUAACUGUGAUUUGUAGAGACUGUUGAGUAUUUGCAGAUACAGAGUAUUUGCAGAGACAGAAGGCUUUCUAAUUUUCCGAGAAGUUUUCGCUCUCUAAUUAAGGCAGUUGGUUUCUCAUUAGAUCUGGCUUAGUGGCCUUUUUGGUUAGAUUUAACCUGGAUGCUGCAUCUGUUUGGGCUUCUGCAGACAAGAUUGACUACACGUGAUUUAAAAUCUACUGAAAGGACGGCGUUAAGAUUUACUCAGAAUGUCAAGUGGUCCUGGGCUUGAGUCUCUUGUGGACCAAACUAUAUCAGUUAUCACAAAUGAUGGGCGGAACAUAGUGGGCAUUUUGAAAGGUUUUGAUCAGGCCACAAAUAUCAUCCUCGAUGAAUCACAUGAACGAGUUUACUCCACAAAGGAAGGAGUUCAGCAGCUUGUUCUUGGCCUGUACAUCAUCCGUGGAGAUAACAUAAGCGUAAUCGGAGAGUUAGACGAGGAACUUGAUUCAAAUCUCGACUUGUCAAAACUGAGAGCACAUCCCUUGAAACCUGUGAUACACUGAGAGUUGUAAGAUAUUCCAGAUUUAUAGUGUAGGAUUGUCAUGUAUGAAGCAGCAUGUGCACCUGGAUGUCUUUUGAUUGAUUGAUAUAUCAUGCCUGGGCAAGCUUUGAGAAUCCCUGGAGCCUUGAGUUAUGAAAUAUCCUCAUGAAUAUAAUUCCUUGGGUUUUCUUGAGGAAAUUGCUUCAUGGCAGUUAAAUUUCAGAUGAACUGAUAUACUGCUUUUUGUUGUUGGUAUUUGGACAUGAAACGAGGACAUGAGGUAAAUGUGUUCGAUCUAUGAGGGCUUUACAAAAC